AUGCUGGCGUCGGUGGUGCACGUGGCUGUGGGAUGCAACCGCGUGGCGGGAGUACUGGACUGGGGCCGCUGCGGCGUUGCCGCCUUUGGGGCCCACCAUUUUGUGGCCAUCUAUGACCCCAAGGUGGCCCGCAUCAUAGGCACCCUGCAUGGGCAUGAGGGCCAGGUGAAUUGUAUAAAAUGGGUGUGUGACCAAGGUGGGGGCUGUGUGGCAUUCCUCCUCACUGGAUCUGCCGACAGGACGAUACGGGUGUGGCGCUGGCCAUCAACCCAGGAUGGCCAGCUAGAGGUGGCAAAGCUGGAGGUGUGUUGUUUUUCCUUCUGUUCAUCAGAUUACCUAGCGGCAUAUUAUAGGGUGCUGUCCAGUCUUAACAAUGCUGUAAAUACAUCCAUGGACUGGAAGCACAACCGCCCAGUUGUGGAUGGAUGCGUGGUGUUGACAGGUGGGGUUUGUGGCGGUGGGGUUUGGGCCAGCAUUGCAGCCUGCUUCCUUGGAUGCACACCCCUAUGA